AUGAUGCCCCACUUGACGCUGAUCUUUGGCCACUCUCCCAAACCUUGGGCACUUGAUGUCCUAGUCGUGGACGUUGAUGGUGUGGACUGCCUUAUCGUCGAGGAGCUGCUGCAGAUUGUGAGGCCGAAGAUACUCCAGGUAGAGGUCGUGGCCCACAUUCCUCCCCCCUUCCGCUUCUCGCUGCACUGGCAUGCGAGCCAUUCCCCGGACUGGGACAGAUUCUACCACGCCGACAGGUUCACUCCGACAGCCGGUUGCUCCUUGAGCUAUGCCUUGCACAAGUUUCGGCCUUUCGGCUACGACUUGCUCCGGCUGACAGAGCACGACGCAGUAUUCGUGCAUCAGUCGAUUGCAAAAGUGAUUGAGACAGGCUACCAUGUCAAGCUUCCACAGGACGAGUUCCAGUGCUACAGGAACAGCACGCUGUGGUUUCAACGGCCGGCCAGCUACGUAAGGGAGUGGUUCUUUGCAAAGCACCCUUCAGCAGUGAUAGGGCGAAUCUGGUCCAACAUCUCAUUCUUGAACGUAGAGAUGGGUCGCGAACCCCUUCCCUUCACCCUCGACUUCUAG